GUAUAUAAGGCGGCUCAGGGCAAGAUGUCCCGAGAAAGAUGUGGAUUGCCGUGCUUGUGGCUGCGGCAGGGCUUCUCUCGCUCCCAGCCCACGGCUCUGUCGACUCCGAAUUGAUGCGUGCGCUGCAGGAGAGCUUAGAUAGCGAUACAUUAAUUAUAACUAUGAAACAAAUAAAGCAGAGAAAAAACGUCCAUCAAGAGGUUGAAACGUUAGCGGCCUUACAAGGGAAAAAUUCUGAACUAUUAUUUGGAAUAAAACUUGAUCGUGCGAAUAAAAGAAUUUUAAUUGAGACUUCGAAAGAAAGGAAGCACCUCAAGUUAUCGAUGCUUUCUGACAACAAACCCAUCAACAGUCUUGUGAUAUCGAUUGAUCAGAGCAAAGGAACGGCUGAUAUAUCGCUGUACAUCGACUGCAAUUUCGAAGGAAAGAUCAAGCUAUCUGAGAGCUUAAACCAAAUCAUCAGCACCAAUCCCAUGGUCAAAAUCUAUCGAGAAAGGCGAUAUAUUACAGACCUGGAUAGUGACACUGAAGUUCAAGAAGUCCUCAAACGUCUGAAAUGUUACGCCGAUGACCAAAUGUUAUCAACGCAGCCACAACCAGCGAACGAAACCCCCCAAGAAGAAAUAGUCAUACAUACCAGAGGUGACAUCCCCAUUAUAUCUGACUGUGAUGAUAACAUGUUAAUAAAAACUAUUAAUAGGCUAAUUACUGUUGUUAAACGUCUUGAAGAUGAAUUGAAAGCACAACAAAUUGAAACCAGAAACCUGAGGCAAUUACUGGAGCAGUGUGACAUGUGCCGUCCAGAUUCUGAUUCUCAAACAAGAAUAACGUGCAACAGUUCACCGAAGCCUUGCUUCCAUGGCGUCGAAUGCCGGGACACGGCAGAUGGUGUAAGAUGUGGCCGCUGCCCACUAGGGUACGUGGGUAACGGCAUGACCUGCAAACCAGGGAUUACCUGUGAACAGAAACCCUGUUUCCAAGGUGUGAGAUGCUAUGACACCGUUGAAGGAUUCCAAUGCGGUCCUUGUCCUGUUGGUUAUUCAGGCAAUGGGCAAUGGUGCAAACCGAAGUCAGGCUGUGAUACUUCUCCAUGUUCCCCAGGUGUUCAAUGUCAGAAUACCUACGAACCUCCAUUUUAUAGGUGUGGCAUGUGCCCAACUGGGUUUUCAGGGAAUGGUACUAACUGCCAUGAUUUAGAUGAGUGUGAUCUUGUCGAGCCAUGCGAUCCAAGAGUUCAUUGUACAAACUUAAGUCCUGGAUAUCGGUGUGGUCCAUGUCCAGUUGGAUUUACCGGUUCUUCGGGACUAGAAGGCGUAGGUUUAGAAGCCGCUGCAAGAAACCGGCAACGUUGUUAUGAUAUUGAUGAAUGCGCUGAUGGUAGAAAUGGUGGAUGCGUCCCAAACUCGAUAUGCCAUAAUACUGAAGGUUCAUUCACAUGUGGGAACUGCAAAAAUGGAUUCGUCGGGAACCAAACUGUUGGGUGCCACAGCUCACCUGGUCUAUGUCCGGAUGGAACCCGUUGCGACCCGAAUUCGGAAUGUAUCAGAACAACAUAUGACCGGUACACAUGUAAGUGCAAAGUAGGAUGGGCCGGAGAUGGAAAGCACUGUGCUUCUGAUCGAGAUUUAGACGGCUGGCCGGAUUACGAUUUAAGAUGUUCGAGUCCACGAUGCAGAAAGGACAACUGCCCUCAUAUACCUAAUUCUGGACAAGAAGAUGCCGAUCAAGACCAAAUCGGAGAUGUUUGUGAUGAAGACGCAGAUAACGAUGGAAUAUUAAAUACACCUGAUAACUGCCCACUGGUUGCAAAUCCGGACCAAUUGGACACAGAUCAAGAUGGUGCUGACAGACAGGGAGAUGCAUGUGACAACUGCCCAACAGUUCCUAACAUGGACCAAGAUGAUGUGGAUAAGGAUGGAAUAGGGGAUGCUUGCGACACAGAUAUGGACAAUGAUGGUAUUAUAAAUCGCCAUGAUAAUUGUCCCCGAAAGGCUAAUACAGAUCAGAGAGAUCAAGAUGGCGAUGGUCUGGGUGACGUAUGCGACAAUUGCCCGCAAACGGCAAAUCCAAAUCAAGCUGAUUCAGAUCUUGACAACAUUGGCGAUGCUUGUGAUAAUGAUAUCGAUCGAGACAGGGACGGUGUGCAAGAUAUGGCUGAUAAUUGUCCUAAAAUAGCAAACAGUGAUCAGCUCGACACUGACGGAGACGGAAGAGGCGAUGAAUGUGACCCCGAUGCAGAUGAUGAUGGUGUUCCUAACAAUCAGGAUAACUGCAAACUAGUCUAUAAUCCUGAUCAAUUGGACAUUGAUAGAAAUGGUGUUGGAGACAAAUGUCAGGAUGAUUUCGAUGCCGAUGGUGUUGUCAAUUACCUUGACAAUUGUCCGAAUAAUUCGAAGAUAUUUACAACAGAUUUCAGAACUUUUCAGACUGUGGUGCUUGAUCCAGAAGGGGAGUCACAAAUAGAUCCAAAUUGGGAAAUUUACAACAAAGGUGCUGAAAUAGUUCAAACCAUGAACAGUGAUCCAGGUCUUGCAGUAGGUUAUGAUGCGUUUGGUGGCGUAGACUUUGAAGGUACAUUUUUCGUUGACACAGAAACAGAUGAUGAUUAUGUUGGUUUGGUUUUUAGCUACCAGAAUAACCAUAAAUUUUACACAGUAAUGUGGAAAAAGAAUACACAAACAUAUUGGCAAGCCGAUCCCUUUCGAGCAGUAGCAGAACCUGGAAUUCAAAUGAAACUAGUUAACUCUAAUACUGGCCCUGGGAAGCUACUUCGGAAUUCAUUGUGGCAUACUGGUGACACUCAAGACCAGGUUAAACUACUUUGGAAAGAUCCUCGAAAUGAUGGCUGGAAAGAAAAAACCGCUUACCGUUGGCUGUUGAUCCAUCGACCUCGUAUAUCGCUAAUCCGUCUGCGAAUAUUUGAAGGUGAACAUUUAGUAGCUGAUUCCGGAAAUAUAUAUGAUUCAACAUUAAAAGGAGGACGGCUGGGCGUGUUGUGCUUUUCUCAAGAGAUGAUUAUUUGGGCAGAUUUAGUUUAUAGAUGCAAUGACAACUUACCGGAAGACAUUUACCAGGAUCUACCAUCUAAGUUAAAACAAGAAGUAUCGAUAGAUACAAGCUACAGUGGCUACCACAGACAUUGAAAAAAUGAAAACCCAAUUCUAUGUAUAAAAAGAUCAUUUUGCUCAGAUUAAGAUUCAUGAUUAUAGUGCAAUAAUUUACUUCUCAGGUGCAAUAAUUUAUUGCACUAAUUAAAAUUAAGCUGUAUUAUUCCACUAUGAUUGAUUACGAUUUAUCCAAUGUUAACCAUAGUACGAUUCAUUUUUUUUUUAAAUAUCAUAAAAAAUAAAGAAGAUUGUAUAUAUUUAUGCAUAGCUAAAUACUAAUUGUAAGUUUAUAAAGAAUGCUUUAAUUUAUAACAACCCUUUAUUAAUAUUAAAUCUUUACAAUCAUUAAUUGGGCUGGCUUUACAGCAAAUAAGGUAAAAUAUUUAAUGAAUUAUGCAGUUAUUAUAAAAAUAGACAUUAAAUAUAUUAUAAUAUUUGCUUCAUGAAUUUUAUUAAAAUUAAGAGGUUUUUCAUAGCCCCACUCAUUCUUGAUUUUACAUGACUGCAUAUUGAGGCUUUGAUAUAAUUACUUAUGGAAUGAAAAUAAUGUGUUGGGGAGUUAACGGUUGUAAUUUUGUUUUUUUAGAAAUAAACUUAUUGGGUUUAUUCAAACUACCAUUGUAAAAAUUGUAGAGAUUAUUGUAGGUUUUGUUUGUUUUCAUUAUAAAUUGUAAGAUUAAAUUCAAAAGCCAUUCAGUGUUUUCACUUAGUUCUACUAUGAAUUUAUAAAUCUAACAGUCUUUUCUGUAGUUGAGAUGUACCCAAUUUACUAAUUAUAUUUUAUAAAAACUACUUAUAUAAAUAUAAUGAAUUACUGCUUUGUGCUCAUUUAGAUGAUGAAUGUACAUUUUUGAAAAUUUAAUUGUCCAUGUGAGUAGAAUUGUUAAGCUAUUAAAAAUAUUUUCGUUAUUUCAUGAAUUAUUUUGAUUGUAUUCCAUUAUUUAAUUUAUUGUAUAAUACUAAUUUCAUAAUACAAUUAUUCUAAUAAUUAUAAAAUAGAUAAACGUAAUUUUAUUUAUUCAUUCUAUAUUACCUUAAUUUAAUUCUAGGAGUAUUUAUUUUUCAAAUGUUGAUUGCCAUAUUUUAUAAAAUAAUGACUAAGUUUACAGUUAUUAGGUCAUAGGUAUUAUCUGUUUUUUAAAAACUAAUAUCAACCUUUUUAAUGUACAUAUUAUAUAUAAUAACAAUAUCGGUUUCUAAAAAAAAAAAAAUCUUUCAUAAUGAUGAUUUAUUAUGCUGUCUAUGUGUAUUAUCUUUAGAACUGCUUAAUAUUUUUUUAAAUCAAUAAACAGAUUAUACUGUAAAGUAAUUGAAUCUUAAUUGUAAAUUUAAUAAACAAUGUGAUUCAACGCAAUCCAAAAUA